AUGAAGUCGAUAUCAGUGCUGCUGACGGCCUUCGCCGCUAACUGCGCCAUUGCAACAGCGCACCACUCCUUGGGCUCAUUAUACGUCAGAGCCGAACCACCAUACCCAACAAAGACAGAUCCUAUCUUCAAUCAGGACACCUACCAGGGUUGUUUCGCUGAUUCCGGCGAAAUGAAGCUGAAUACCACACGCACGAAUUCUCAAAACAUGAUGGACUUCGGCCAAGGCUUAGAAAAAGAUACCGGUGUAACAAGGGGCCUCUGUUACAGGUGGUGUCUAGACCUUAACAUGCAGGUUUUCGCAAUGUCUGCAGGAGCUGAGUGCUGGUGCGGUACGCAUUAUCCGCCGAAGUCAUCAUUGACCGACGUCAAAAACUGCAGUCUCACAUGCUCGGGCUUUAAUCAGGAAUAUUGCGGCGGCGACGGUACAUGGAGUGUCUUUAACUCUGGCCUCAAAAUGUCGCCAGGUUUCUCGGAGCCUAAGGUUUCUAGCACUAGCGCCGCUCCGAGCUCAACUGCUCCGGCCAAGACAUCCAGCGUUUCAAGCGCCGUCUCCGAGCCGACUGCUGACGUUACUGAAUCAAGCUUGCCCGAAGAGUCCGAAAAAAAGGGCAAAAGCAACACGGCCGGAAUCGUGGCAGGCACCGUGGUGGCAGUCGUCGUUGUAUUGUCUGCAGUUGGAGGUGUUUUCCUCUACAUGCGUCGCAAGCGGAACAAGGAGAUCGAGGAUGAGCAUCGCCGCAACGCUGCCGUCAAUGCUUUCAUUGGCAAGCCGCCCAGCACCAGCGAUGGAAUGUCCAUGGCGGACGCCCGACUCGACCCUGUCCUCGUGCAGAGGAGAUUGAGCGAUGGCAGCAUCGCCGACAACCAAGAUUACUCCAGGAGGAUUCUUCGCGUCACAAAUGCAUGA